AUGUCCUCCGGACCGAUUCCGGCCACGGCGGCCAAUCUCAUUGAGACUAGCCAACUGCUCUGUAGAUAUAAUAGUAUUAGUGCAGCGCGUGUGUCGGUGUGCGCGCAAACACAAGUGCACUCUCUAUUCCUGUCACUCUCAACUUCGGUGGGACGACACGAGACACGACCGGUGAGAGUUAAGGCGCAGGCCCGAUGGUUUUUACGUGCUCUCCGAGGCAUGAGGGCGAAACGCGGGCUUUUACUGAGGCUUACUAUAAUACAGAAGGACUCAAUAACUAAACUUAGCCCGACCCGGGGCUCGACCCAGCAUCUCCAGGUACGCCAGCCGUACAUGCUAACCUCUACACCACCGAGGCAGUUAGGUGACUCGUAUUUACACAAAAGAAUCAAAAUUCAGCCGAAGUUAUUACCUCCU